AUGGGCCUUAUUAAAGGCUCACUGCUUUUGUUGUUUUGUGUUGCAGGUGUACAGACAAACAAGAAGUCUGGAAUCCCUGCUCCAAGAGAAAUUCCCUCCAAAGAUCGGGUUUCUCUUAGAGAUCAACUAAGGAGUUCCUCGACUAAAAGAAUUGUUACCAGUUCCAGCACCUCCAGCCUCUCCACUCUGGCAAAGCAGACCCGUAGCUCCACAAAGUCCCGUGCAGAUGCAGAAAGUCAAGAAAGAGGCCUCCUGGAGAACCAGGUGAAAGAGCUCCUUGCUGAAGCAAAGGCAAAGGAUUUGGAGAUCAGCAAUCUGAGAACAGAGUUGCAGCGCUGCAAGAGUAAAACCUCUUCUCCUUCAUCUUUACCCUCUCCCAGCUCUCUUUCCCACCAAGAGCAUGCUGCUGAUCAUGAGCAGGGACAGAUGGCUGAAGCCCUUGUCCAGGUUGGCGAGCUCAGGGAGAAGAACGGAAGGUUUCAGAGAGAGUUAGCAGCACUAAGGGAAGAGAAUCAGACACUGAAGGAAAGGCUGUUUUGCUUAGAAGCAUUGCCUCUUUCUAAUAAAAACACAAGCUCCUCAUCUGCUUCCUUGGUGAAUGGGGUUCCUUCAAACCAUCCAGCAUCUCCAAAGGACAAACGCGUCUCUAUUGCCAGCCCACUCAAAACCUCUGUCUCGUCCGGCUCGGAUGUUACCAAGGAGUCACCUUCACCAGACUCCUCCGAGUUUGAGAAGAUCCCAUCCCGUUCAGAAUCAGGGAGCAGUAGCAUCAGUGGCGACGCAGUCACAGUAAACAGUUCUGGAGGCCAAGAUGUGUCGGUGCAAAAACUAACAGAACAGAUUCACAAGAUGGAGGAGAACCAACACAGCACCGCAGAAGAGCUGCAGGCAACACUGCAGGAGCUCGCCGACCAGCAACAAGUGGUUCAGGAGCUUACUGCUGAGAAUGAGCGUCUAGCUGAGGAAAAACGUCUUCUGCAGACAUCGCUUCAGCAGCAGAGAGAACGUCUGGAGGUGCUGGCCCAGAAGAAUGAAACGCUUGCUCUCAGACUUCAGGAACAAGCGCAGGCUCAGGCCCAAAGGGAUCAGGAGAUGGGAAGCCAAGGGCCUCGGCUGGCAGAGCUGGAGCAGAGGUAUGCUGAGCUGGUUGAGAGCUCUCGAUUCGAACGUGAAAAACUGGUGGACAUCCAGCAGCAACUAACGGGCAGCUUGAGGGCUUUAGAAGAGGAACACCAGGAGGCUCAGGGUCAAGUCCGCCACCUCAAGGAGGAGCUGGACAGUUUACAGGUUCAGCUGGACAAGGAGGCAAAAUGCAGUGGUCAAGCAUCACAAGCUGCCGAGGAACACAAAGCAACAGCUGAGGGUCUCAGACUGGAAAACAGUCGACUCAAAGCACAGGUGGACAUUGAGAGGCAGAAGAUCGGUGAGCUGAAGGCCAUGCAGAGUGCCAGUGACAGCACCGACCUCCAGAACCUGCUGGAGACUGCCCACUCCGAGAGAGACAGGCUGGAGGUGGAGCUGACAGAGCUGAGAGAGGAACUGCUCAAGGCCCAGGCUGAGGCCGAGCAUGUGAGAGCCACCAUGUCAAAGGUGGAGGCUGCCUGCCAGCAGGUUCAGGAGAAGGCUGAGAAGAGAGAGCAGGAGCUGAGCCACCGGGUAACUUCUCUGGAGGAAGCUGGAGUUCAAGCGGAAAACCAAGUGAAGGAAAUGAAGGAGACAAUCUUUGAGCUGGAGGACCAGGUGGAGCAGCAGAGGGCUGUCAACUGUCACACCAACCAGGCUGUCCUGGAUAUGGAAAAUCUUGUUAAAAAGCUUGAGGAGCAGAAGGCUGAAGCAGAGCGACAGCUGAAAGUUUUAAACAGACAGAUGAAGGAGGAAAGAGAUGAGUGGCGGCGAUUUCAGGCAGACCUCCAGACAGCGGUGGUGGUGGCCAAUGACAUCAAAGUGGAAGCUCAGCAGGAGCUGCGCAGUCUUAGGAGGCAGCUGCAGGAGGAGCAGGAUCGCAGCACGAAGCUUUCUGCAGACCUUCAGGCCAUGCAGGGAGUCAGGUCCCAAGGUGACGAGGGGAGAGUGUUGGACUCCAGCAGCAGCAGCCAAUGGUGUAGCACCUCCAUGAUCCCCAGCACAGCCGCCGACGCCAGCGAAGAUGCCAGCUCCGAGCCUGGAGCUACUGUCAAAUCCCUCAUUAAGUCCUUUGAUACAGUUGGACAGAAUGGACCUUCUCAUGCGGUUCAAGCGCCUUCGUCCCUGAGGAGCCCUCUUAGUGGGAUCCCCGUACGCUCUGCACCAGCUGCAGCUGUCUCCCCCAUCCAGAGACAUUCCUACAUUAAACCAUUGUCAAAGAUGCUGGAAAAAAGAAUAAACCGUGGCGACUUCUCUAAUCCUCGAGAUAAGUUGUCAAGCUUUGGUGAGGACUUGAAACCAAACAGCCUCAUGAGGAAGAGCCCUUCUCUUGAGAGUGUGAUUAAAAGCCCAGUUUCCUUUAGCAGCCGCACUGCGUCGUCGUUCAGCUACGGUCGAGGAAGCAGCAAACUCAGUGUGGAAAGAACGGACCCCUUGGCUGCUCUGGCGCGGGAGUACGGAGGAUCUAAGAGAAACGCUCUACUGAAGUGGUGCCAGAAGAAAACAGAGGGCUAUCCGAAUAUUGAUGUGACCAACUUCAGCAGCAGCUGGAGUGACGGCCUGGCUUUCUGUGCCCUGCUGCACACGUACCUGCCUGCUCACAUCCCUUACCAGGAGCUCAUCGGUCAAGAUAAGGUCCGGAAUCUGACCCUAGCCUUCCAGGCCGCCGAGAGCAUUGGCAUCAAACCUUCCCUGGACAUUGAGGAGUUGAUGAAGACCGACAGGCCCGACUGGCAGAGCGUCAUGCAGUACGUCUCCCAGAUUUACAAAUACUUUGAGACCUGAUGCAUAAGGAAACCAGAGAAGAGGACCAGAGGGACGUCUAUCUGUGGAACAGACUUCUCCCUGAAUGGCUGAUGGCUGCCAUCUAACGCCGCUCCUAUCCGACGUUCAUCAACUGCCCAAGACGUUUCUGAACGCAUCUCCUCCGCCAGCAGGGAGGCCGUAAAAGGAGAUGAACCGCAGUCGGCAAAUCAGAGCGAUUCAUUUCACGGGGAAACUAAUUGAGGUCCAAAGUCGUUCUGACAUCUUGUAGCUCUUUACAGCACAGCUCGUAUUUGCUUCCGAAUUGGUUCCAUUUUUGGAUUUAACCCUUAUAUUUUUUUUUAUUGAUGCUUUUCAUCGUCAACGGAUCUCUUUUCUGAAAGCUGAUGCUAAAACGGCUUUAGUGUUGAAAAAUCCCAAACCUCUGAUAAACUCUCAGAUCAUGUUUUCUUUGUUUUUUUGUUUUUGUUUUUUUUUUAUCUAAACCAGGAGCCUCCAACAGGUCUAUUUAUCACACUAAAGAGCUGCUGAAGGCUUUUCUAGAGACAUGUUAACAGAAACACAUUCACCUCCAUGAUUAGAUUACUCCUAACAUUAAGGAAUAACUCCUGCCAUUACACUGCAACAGGUUCUCCAUGUUUUCCAUCACUGUUUCCUGAAGAAAUGCAGCAAUGAAGCAGUUUGCAAACUAAAUGCAUCCGUAUCUGUAUGCAACGUUCACUUAUGCAUAAUGUAGAUUUUACAUGUUACACAGGAUGCUCCAGCUUCUAUCUACAGAUGCCUGUUUUUGUUUUAAUUAUUUUUUUUGAAUAAAGGUUGUAUUUAUUUAUUUUCAAGAGUGGCUAAAUGAAUCGAUAGAUCUGAAUCCUGUUUUCUGCAGAUGGAUAUU